AUGUUGUUUCAGCCCACAACCCCAGCAUCGAUACCCUCAACGUACAUUCGUGGCGGAACUUCCAAGGCGCUGUUUUUCCACGAUGGAGAUCUUCCACCAAAAGGGCCACUACGAGAUUCAUUGUUCCUGAGGAUCAUGGGAAGCCCCGAUCCCAUGCAGAUUGAUGGCAUGGGCGGAACACAUAUCGUCACCUCGAAAAUAGCAGUCAUAGCGCCCUCACAACAUGAAGCUGUGGACGUGGACUAUACCUUCUACCAGCUCAGCGUCGAGGAAGCGAGAGUUUCUUGCUCUGGUAAUUGUGGAAACAUCUCCGCGGGCGUCGGCCCCUUUGCAAUCAACGAAGGUAUUGUAAAGACUUUUAAAGAAGGUGUGAGUCCUGACGGAGGAAAGACUCGGACCCAACAGAUAAGGAUAUUCAACACUGGGACCCAAAAAACACUUAUAUCCCAUGUUCCCAUCGACGAAAAGACUGGUAGGGCGAAAGAGAAGGGCGAAUAUGCUAUAGCUGGCUGUCCUGGCACCGGCGCCCCUAUACUUAUGGAUUAUCGAGAUGUGGCCGGUGGGACGCUUGAUAAAGGGUUGCUACCGACUGGGAACCCCAUCGAUGAAAUCAAGCUUGGGGACAAGACUGUGCAUGUUACCAUAACAGACAUGGCUAAUCUGUUUGGAUUUGCAAGAGCGAAAGAUCUUCUGAUAAAUGGUGGCGAAAAAGCUCUCGAUUUGACUGGUGACAAUGCCCUAAUUGCCAGGGUCAAACGUCUACGAGGCUUGGUUGCCCAAAGGGUCGGGCUGUGCAAAGAUCCGGAGAAAGUGGAUGAAGAAUCGCCAAUGUUCCCCAUGAUCGUCCUGAUCUCCAAACCGACUACCAACGAACCACAUGUUCAAUCACGUCUCUUCCUAGACAAUAAAUGCCAUACGGCGAUGGCACUAACCGGUGCAGUUGCGACCACAGCCUGUGGCAAGAUCAGGAACUCUGUCAUCAACCUGAUGCUAGACACCAAAGCAGCCAGCACAAACACCUUCAAGAUUCAGCACCCAGGUGGAAUCUUACCGAUAUCAGUGCAAACAGAAUACCCAGACGAAAAUGGUCUGCCGAGCUUCGAAACUUUAUCCUUUAUGCGCACAUCGCGUUAUCUCUUUAAAGGAGAUAUUUUCAUUCCCGAAGACUUCCAGGAUAGGUACUACGGAACAGAGGUCAACAGAAAUCAGGUUCCCAGAACUAAUGGUGUGCAUUCAAGCCGAAUCGAGACAAAAGUAGGCAGUUCUCACAUUAACGACGUCAACCUGGUGGCUUCAGAGUCGAAUCUGAAAAGUAAUGGUUUCCUAGAGCAAUCGAGUGGAACCCAUAUUAACGGCACUUCUGUGGAGAGCAAAGACGACUCGAACAUAACGGACAAACUUGUGAAGUUUGUGAUGGAUUUUGGCUCUGGAGAUCUUACAGAUAAACUUCGACAUAAAUUAUCUGAGUUAUUAUUGGACUACAUCGGUAUGGCUGUCUCUGGAGCAACAAUUCCAGAGUCCAGUGUGCCUUUCCAAACUGCUGUCAAGGCAAUAUCACAAUCUAGUUCAGGUACAGCCACUGUAAUUGGAACCAAUCUUCGAAUGCCCCCACCGUACGCAGCUUUGUUGAACGGUGCUCAUGCGCAUAGCCUGGAUUUCGACGAUACUCAUAUGGAAGCUGCUCUCCACCCUGGAGUGCCUGUCGUUUCUGCUGCACUUGCAGAGGCAGAGACAUCCUCUUGCAACGUGCAUGACCUUUUGGGAGCUUUGGCGAUAGGCUACGAGAUCACUUGUCGCCUGGGCGUUGCAAUCGGCGCAAGCGGCUACACGCGAGGCUUUCAUAACACCGCAACUUGCGGCAUUUUUGGUGCCGUGGCAGCUAUCGCAAAAUUGAGAAACAUUAACUCCACAACUCUGAAGAACGCGUUUGGACUCGCAUUGUCAAUGGCUUCAGGGUCGAUGCAAUACCUCGAGAAUGGGUCGUGGAACAAGAGGCUCCACCCUGGUCUUGCGGCAAAAAGUGCUUUCGAAGCUGUUAUGUUCGCAGAGGCCGGUGUACUAGGUGCUGCCUUGCCAAUAGAAGGUGCAUUUGGCUUUCUCCAUGCAUAUUCUGGAGAUUACAACACGAUCAAGUUGACAAAUGGUCUUGGUAGCGAAUGGUCUUUUUUGAAGACCGCGCUGAAGCCUUAUCCAGCCUGUCGGAUGACUCAUGGGAUGAUCGAGCUGGCUGACCGGUUAGCCAACGGUUCAGGGGAUGAGAAUAUGGUCGAUUCCAUCAAGAUCAAGAUGUCUGCCGCUUGUUUUCCGGUCGUUGGAAAACGAACUUUGAACAAGGUUCAUCCGCAGAACAUUGUCGAUGCGCAGUUCAGUGUGUACUACCAAGCCGCCGUGUCAUUUCUAUACGGCAGCAACCUUGGCUGGUCGGUCUAUGAUCAUCUGCACGAUGAUCAAGUCAAGAGACUCUCGGACAAGAUCAGAGUGGAGGUGGGAGAUGUACCCAAUCUGACUGCAACGACAGUAACGGUGACACGGACUGAUGGUUCGUGUUCCGAGGCGUCCGUGGAUCAAUUAUUGUGGGAGGAGGAGCGACCUGUGACUUGGAAUGCCCUUGAGAAGAAGUUCAGGGGGCUAGUCAAUGGGAUGCUCGAUCACGAAAAGAUUGAUAGGAUUGUAGACUGGACGAAGAACAUGUCGGGUCAAACGAUUGAAAAUCUAAUGGUACAGGCUCGUCUGUGA